UCCUGCACAGCCAUGGAGUAUCAAGCCCUCCUGUCUGGCUGGACCGCACCUGUCCUCGGAGUCACAGCACUCGCGAUCUGGCUCUUCUACGGCCAAAACAAGAAGAAGCCUUACGCGAAUAUCCCAGUGCUUUCCGCGGAUCGCAACGAGUACCUACAGAAUGGACGUGCACUGCUUGAGAGCGGCAAGAAGUUCCAAAGCUGCUUCCAGGUCCAGACCGGCACAAACUUCAAAAUCGUCGUGCCGAACCGAUUUGCGACGGAGAUCAAGAACCAUCCGGACCUCAGCUUCAACGAUGCUCACGCUCGCGACAGUUUCACUUCGUAUCCGGGGCUUCAGCCGUUUCGAGAGAUUCUGGAAAAUGACACUUUCAUCCAGGAAGUUGUGAGGCGGAAGCUUACGCAGAGUUUGGGCCUAAUUACCGCAGAUCUGGUUGAGGAGACGCAGUUGACGUACCGCGACAUGUUUGGGGAAAGCAAAGAAUGGCAGACCCGUGUGAUCAAAUCCGACGUCCAGGAUAUCAUCGCUCGACUUUCGUCUCGGGUCUUCCUGGGGCUUGACCUGUGCCGCAACAAAGACUGGCUGGACAUUACCAAGAACUACACCUACAGCAGUUUCGAGGCCAUCAGCGAGCUACGUUCACACCAUGCAUUGGCUAGGCCCUUCGCUCACUGGUUUUCCAAGAAUUGCACACAGGCGAGGCAUUAUUACAAAAGAGCGCAGGUACUCAUCCAGCCAGUCGUCGAUCGCAGGAAAGCGCAACUGCAAGCUAGCUUAGCAGAGGGAGAGGGAUCAUCAAAAGCCUCCGAUGCAAUCGGCUGGAUGGUGGAAUGUGCAAGAGGGCGGAAGAUCGACUACGCUGCUGCGCAACUUUCCUUCAGCCUUGCUGCUAUCCACCUCAGCUCUGAAACAAUGACCAUGUGUCUGCUGCAGCUUUGUGAAAUGCCGGAGCUGAUCGAACCCCUACGCGAAGACUGCCGUCGUGUUCUCGAUGAGAGAGGAUGGACGAAACAGGCGCUGCAGGAUAUGAAGUUGCUGGAUAGCUUCAUGCGGGAAAGUCAGAGAACGAAAGACCUACUCGCCACCUCCAUGUUGCGCUAUGCAAAAUCUCCGCUGGUAUUGUCCGACGGUACUGUGAUUCCCAAGGGUAGCACGCUGAUGGUCAUGAACGACUGGGCGCACUCAUCGGAACACUUUCCGAAUGCCGAAACAUUCGACAUGAAGCGAUUCGCAAAACUACGAGAGCAACCAGGCGAGCACAACCUCCAUCAAUUCAGCACUCCUUCGGCUGAUCAAAUGGGCUUUGGAUUCGGCGAGCAUGCAUGCCCCGGUCGCUUCUUCGCUUCAAAUGAGAUAAAGAUUGCGCUAUGCAUUCUACUUCUAGAGUACGACUUUGAGUUCAUGCCCGGUGAUGAUGCACCGCAGGACAUCAAGCAUGAGAUUGUGCGACUUGCCGAUCCCCGCGCAAGGAUGCGUAUUCGAAAGCGCGAGGGAACAUCUUGA